AAAUCAAACCCAGCAGACACACUGUUCAUUGAUCAAACAAAUCAUGUACUACCAUUCCCUCAGUUCUUAUUCGAUCUUGUUCUUCCUCUUCUCCCUAUUCCACCAUCUUCCUUGUGCUUCAAGUAACCAAGGACUUGGGUGGUGUGAGUCUCUGUUUCAGUGUGGGAACAUCACCGCUGAUUUCCCCUUUUGGGGCGGGAAUCGUCACAAACCUUGCGGUCAUCCGUUGCUGGAGCUUCACUGCAACAAUAACAAUAUCACCUCUUUAUACAUCUCAAAUCAAGAGUUCUAUGUUCGUCAGAUAAAUCAAACAUCUAACACUCUUACGCUUGCCAGAUCAGACCUUCUAGGUUCUUUUUGCUCCUCCUAUGCAUACAAUACCACAACCUUGCCUCCCGAAAUCUUUGAGCUUUCCCCAACUUACAAGAGCCUAACCGUAUUGUACCAUUGUGAUCCAAAGCUUUCUUACCGCUCGAGUUAUACAUGUCCUGCUCUAGGUACUUUUUCAAUGUCUCAAAGCGUUGAUUACCAAUAUUCUUGCCAAAACAGUUUCACAGUUAACGUUCCAACGAGUUUCCAUCCAGAAGAGAGAGGGUUGAAUUUGACUAAUUUGGAAAGUGCUCUAAGAAAAGGUUUUGAGGUGAAGCUGGUGAUUGAUGAAAUACCGUGUCAACAAUGUUCAUCCACUCGUGGAAUCUGUAGUUUCAACGGUACCACACAGAGUUGCUGUAACGCAACCUCACCGUCAGGAGGAGUUAGUUGCGUACCAUAUCAACAUAGUGCUGAUGAGGUUUAUAGACGAUGCAGUGAAAGUUUUAGCUGUGGCAGUCAGAGAGAUCUCAAUUACCCCUUAUGGAAACCUGGCAGAGAAGAAUGUGGCCACCCCAACUUCAAGCUCAACUGUAGCGGAGGAUUCGCAGAGAUUAACAUCGCCUCUGUUAAAUUCAGAAUCCUAGACUCAUAUCGCUCUUUAAUAAGACUUGCAAGAUCAGAUUAUAUUGGCGAUUUGUGUCCCGCAAACCCACUAACUGCGCCAUUCAUCGAAAAAUUCCUUCCAGUCCUCGAACUCACUGGUGAGACAGAGCUUCUAACUUUAUACUACGGCUGCCGUUUCAAUUCAUCGGAUAUUCCUGCUAACAUUUACGUUGGAGAGCUUGGUUGUGAUGAGGGAAGAAGUUACUAUGUCACGAGAAACCUGUCCUCUCCUUUACUUGACAGUUCUAGAGGCGUUUUGAACAACUUGAGGGAAAUGUGCAAAAGAAACGUCAGUGUUCCUGCGUCUGGACCCGCGUUAUUCGAUCUCCAGACAAGGCCAAAUCAAGAUAAUCUGAAGAUGGCUCUUGAUCAAGGUUUUCGGAUGUUGAUUACAUCAGAUUGUGAGAGGUGCCGAGGUUCUGGCGGUGCUUGUGGAUAUAAUCAGACUUCAAGUGGGUUCGGGUGCUAUUGUAAAGAUGGUAAAUGCGGAUACGAAUACGAUGAUGGAUUUUUUCGUCGGCAUCGACGGUUUAUUGCGACUCUGGUCAGGUAUACUUUUAUAGCUCUGGGUGCAUUAACAGGUGUUGUUAUAGUUUUUCUAGUGCUACUAUGCCCUUGCUUCAGAGUCCAAAUUUUCCGAAAGAGAAAAACAUCAGAUGAAGUGAGACUACAGAAGCUGAAGGCUCUGAUUCCACUCAAACACUACACUUAUGCGGAAGUGAAGAAAAUGACAAAGUCAUUCACGGAGGUGGUUGGGAGAGGCGGGUUUGGAAUUGUUUAUAGCGGAACCCUUAGUGAUAGCAGUAUGGUUGCGGUAAAGGUCUUGAAAGAUUCAAAGGGUACUGAUGGUGAAGACUUCAUUAAUGAAGUUGCCAGCAUGAGCCAAACUUCUCAUGUCAACAUUGUUUCACUGCUUGGAUUCUGCUGUGAAGGUUCAAGAAGAGCAAUUAUAUAUGAAUUUUUGGGUAAUGGGUCACUCGAUAAAUUCAUAUCGGACAAGAGCUCGGUGAAUUUAGACUUGAAGACACUGUAUGGGAUCGCACUAGGAGUUGCUCGUGGUCUAGAGUACUUGCACUAUGGAUGCAAAACGAGGAUCGUGCAUUUCGACAUUAAACCUCAGAACGUGCUGUUAGAUGAUAAUCUUUGCCCUAAAGUUUCUGAUUUCGGACUUGCUAAGCUCUGCGAGAAGAAGGAGAGCAUUUUAUCAUUGUUGGAUACAAGGGGUACAAUAGGAUACAUUGCACCAGAGAUGAUCUCUCGACUUUAUGGGAGUGUUUCUCAUAAGUCGGAUGUGUAUAGCUACGGAAUGUUGGUACUCGAAAUGAUAGGUGCAAGGAAGAAAGAACGAUUUGAUCAAAACUCUCGAUCCGACGGAAGCUCAAUAUAUUUUCCAGAAUGGAUCUAUAAGGAUCUUGAGAAGGCCAACAUUAAGGAUAUCGAGAAGACAGAAAAUGGAGGGCUUAUCGAGAAUGGAAUCAGCAGCGAGGAAGAGGAGAUAGCAAGGAAGAUGACAUUGGUGGGUUUGUGGUGUAUUCAGUCUUCCCCAUCAGAUCGUCCACCGAUGAACAAAGUUGUAGAGAUGAUGGAAGGAAGCUUGGAUGCUCUUGAAGUGCCACCUAGACCUGUUUUGCAGCAAAUUUCAGCUUCGUCGGUUUCCGACUCUUUUUGGAAUUCAGAGGAGAGUUCAAGUGCCUCUGAUAUACUGGUUUUCUCCACAAACUCAAAGCUGGAAUCUUCAAGUUUGUGAAUAGAAAAUCGUCGUGAAGGUCAUAUGUUAUUUGCAUAACAAAUAGAACACAUAUAUGUUUUAAUAUACAAUAACCCAACUCAAAAGUUGCGAUAUAGUUUCUUCAUGAAUCUUUUCCUCUGUGUUGAAUAAAAAUAGGGCAUCAGUGUUGGACCAAUUCAAGGAAGCAUAAGUGACUGACAGAUACAUGAAAUGGUCUUUUUCCACACUCCAUAUCUCUGUAAUAUGUUCAUUACGGAUCACUUACCGCUGGUAAAGUCAAGUCAAAUAUUGUAAAAAAUGGAUCUUAAGUUGGGAUGUUAUUUUCAGUAGGGUCCGUCUGAGAAAAUGUUUAAGUGUCUCACUUUGAGAUCGUCCUACAAUAGAAAACAAAAUAAAAAAACUUUGUAGUUCUUAUCA